AUGCCUCUCCUUUCUCGACUCUCCAGCCUCUCUCCGAAGCGUUUCAAUCCCAACUCCAGCUUUCGACGAUUCGAUACGGACUCGGAUCGAUACUACCCUCACCCUCAUCACGCACAUUCCUCUUCCACGGCCGGACAAGGUCCAAUCUCGAUCCUCAUGAGCAAAUUGGGCAUGCUCCACGCCUCGGAGAACAAAUGGGUUCAAUUCACCCUCGCUUGGUUGCCUGUGGCUCUGGCCCUGGCCAAUUGGAUCAUCCAGCUGCUAGUCUCCAUCGGACUGCCUACCAUUCUCAGCAUCGACUUUUUACGAUUCGAUUUGAGCUUUGCUCAGGUGAGCCGGGAGUCAAUGGGGCGAGCGGGCGAGCGGGCGGGCAGGCGGCGGCGUCCAUGCUCAGCACCAACCAUCGCAACUGACAAACUCCAUGUCCGCAUGCGUGUCUGUCUUGCACAUUGCGCAGUUUAGCAUCUUUGGAAUUUGGACGAUCUGCACAGGAACGCCAGAGGAAACGCUGUUUGAUGGGACGGUAAUCAAUCCGGCUUCCUUUAGCUGCCCACGCUCAUCCCUUGGCUGGAAAGAUACGACUUACUCUACCAUCGUCGAGGUGUUCUUUGGCACCGAAGGCAGCGGCUUGCCCAAAGCUGUGAGUUUAAUCUCACGAAAUGGGGAUACGAGAAGCUGAGGGGCAGCAUGACAUGAGUGCGCAAGGUUGCCGACGAAGCAAAGGGGAGCAUGCCAAGCUGGCGCAUGGCUGACAGCGCAAACGACAGCUUCUGGAUGCUGCGGCUUGCCCCACCACUCGAUUGUAGGAUUUGUGUGCUGAUCAAUAUGGCGUUUAAUUGACAACCUGCCGUCUUGCAAGUCUAACGCACAAUGCCGCUCCUCCUCCUCCUCCUCCUCCUCCCCCCGGGCCCGAAUAAGCUGGUCGUGCACCCACUUUCCUGCGCAUUCUCCUUUUUCGCCUUGAUCUCUCUGCUCGUCGGAGUGCAGAAGCCCAACCUCUCUGCGCCACUUUUGGUGUGCAUCACCUUUCUCUUGACGCUGGUAGCCUUCAUCAUCGACCUGGCCAUCUUUGUUCCCGCUCAUCGCAGACUUUCGGACCCUACGGCCAUCAACACGCUGGGUCAAGCGGUCAUCGACGUUCGGUACGGCGCAGCUUUUUGGUUGACCCUGGUCACACUGAUCCUGAGCGCGUUGAUGCUGCUCCUAGUUCUCUCCGCUCACAAGAGCAGACGAAGACAGCGGAACAUUUCAGCUGGUGGCUGGUCCUACGAGAUGGACAAACCCUUGACCUCAUCGGAUAGGGAAGCAGGGGCGUCCGCAGGUCUGGGUUUAGGCUUCUCUGGUAGCAGCGCCACUGCGACUAGAGCGGAGCGAGGAGAUGCCGCUGGUGGGAAUAGCAGUCUGCAUUCCCUCAGCAGAAAUCCGAGCAGGACCACAGCUAGCACGCCAACAGCUUUUGGCAAAUCUUCUUCCGCGCAUGGCGGCAGACAUUCCAGAAACGCCUCGAGCAAUUUGAAUUUGGAACAUGAUGCUGCUGCUGUUGCGUCGGAGGACUUGGAAGGUGCGCUGGAUCAGGAGGUGGAUUAUGGAUCUAGAGGCAGGAGGAAAGCUUUGGAGAAGCUGGAAGAUAAGGACAAGGACGAGUAA